CUGAUAAGUUGACAUAUCUUGUCUCCUCAGAUGACAGCGCGUCGGCAGCCAGCAGCAUGGAGGUGACGGACCGCAUCGCCUCCCUGGAGCAGCGGGUCCAGAUGCAGGAGGAUGAGAUCCAGCUGCUCAAGUCCGCUCUGGCCGACGUGGUUCGGAGGCUGAACCACUCAGAGGAGCAGCAGGCCAUGGGGUCGCGCAGAGGACCCACCAAAGAGCCCACUAAGAUGAGAAAAUCUCCAUCAGCAGACAGCAGUUUUGGCAAGUCAGCCAGGCCGAUGAUCGCCACUCUGCCGCUGCGGCCCACGGUCAACAACGGGACCGUCCUGCCGAAGAAAGGCAGCAGCACCCUGCCCUCCCCGUCUGGACCCGGGACCAGGAAGGACGCCGGCCCGGCAGCCAACAAGAGAAUGUUGUCCCUCAGCACUGUGAGGAGAGCCAACUCAAACGAACACGUGGGGACUCUCACUCGCAAGGACUCGGGCGACUCCAAGGGGAACCGGACCCGGGCCGGGUCAACGGGCAGCAACUCCAGCGGCAAGAGAAGCGACAGCAAACAGAGGGAUCCAGUGUUCAAUGCAGGGAUGCGACGUGUGACCCACUGCAAAGAGGAAGGUUAUGUGAAGAUGUUCUUGAAGGGUCGCCCCGUCACCAUGUUCAUGCCUAAGCACCAAGUGGACAGCUACAGCCUGGAGGCCCGAGGCGAGCUGCCCAGCAACAAGCUCAAACUGGACUGGGUCUACGGUUACCGCGGCAGAGACUGUCGCUCCAACCUGUACCUGCUUCCUACGGGAGAGACGGUGUAUUUCAUCGCCUCCGUGGUCGUCUUGUUCAACGUGGACGAACAGCUGCAGAGACACUACACAGGACACACGGACGACAUCAAGUGUUUGGCGGUCCACCCUGAUAAAAUCACGAUUGCAACUGGGCAAGUGGCAGGAACCUCCUCAGACGGAAAACAGCUGGCUCCUCACGUCCGCGUGUGGGACUCUGUCAGCCUCAACACGCUCCACGUUCUGGGCACAGGCUUCUUCGACCGAGCGCUCGUCUGCCUGGCUUUCUCCAAGUCGAAUGGAGGAAACACGCUUUGCGUUGUGGAUGACUCCAACGACCACGUCCUGUCUGUGUGGGACUGGCAGAGAGAGGAGAGGCUCGCUGAAGCAAAGUGCUCCAAUGAGUCAGUGUUUGCUGCAGACUUUCACCCGACUGACAGCAACAUUGUUGUGACUUGUGGCAAGUCUCAUCUCUAUUUCUGGACUCUGGAGAAAGGCAUGCUGGUCAAAAAGCAGGGGCUGUUUGAGAAACAGGAGAAGCCCAAGUUCGUUCUGUGUGUGACCUUUGCUGAAAAUGGCGACGCUAUCACAGGAGACUCCAGUGGAAACAUCCUGGUGUGGGGAAAAGGCACUAAUCGCAUCAGCCGCGUCAUCCAGGGAGCUCACGAGGGCAGCAUCUUCGCAGUGUGCAUGCUGAGAAACGGCGCCCUAGUGUCCGGAGGGAAGGACCGCAGGCUCAUUUCGUGGGACAGCAGCUACCAGCAGAUCCAAACAGUGGAGGUUCUUGAGUUUUUCGGUCCAAUCAGAACCAUAGCAGAGGGCAGAGGGGAGACCGUCCUCAUCGGCACCACCAAGAACUUUGUUCUGCAGGGCACCUUGGAUGGAGAAUUCAUACCCAUCACUCAGGGUCACACUGACGAGCUAUGGGGUCUGGCUGUUCAUCCCUGGAAGCCCCAGUUCCUGACCUGCGGCUACGACAGGCAGGUCUGUCUGUGGGACUCCAGCACUCAUCAGCUGAUCUGGACCAAAACCUUGGAGGAUACAGCCCAGUCAGCAGGUUUCCACCCAUCAGGAGCCGUGGUUGCCGUGGGAACCCAGACUGGCAGGUGGCUGGUUCUGGACACGGACUCGAAGGAUUUAGUUACGGUUCACACAGACGGGAACGAGCAGCUGUCGGUGAUGCGCUACGGCCCAGACAGUAACUUCCUGGCUAUCGGUUCCCAUGACAACUACAUUUACAUCUACGCCGUGGCAGAAAAUGGCAGGAAGUACAGUCGGGUUGGGAAGUGUUCGGGUCACUCCAGUUUCAUCACCCAUUUGGACUGGUCUGUGGACUCCCAGUAUCUGGUCUCAAAUUCAGGCGACUAUGAGAUUCUCUACUGGAUCCCGUCGGUGUGUAAGCAGGUCGUCAGUGUGGAGACCACCAGAGACAUCCAGUGGUUCACUCACACCUGCACUCUGGGCUUUCAGGUGUUUGGGUUGUGGCCCGACGGCUCAGACGGCACCGACAUCAAUGCAGCGUGUGCAUCCAACGACAAGAGCCUCCUGGUUACUGGAGAUGAUUUCGGGAAGGUCCAUCUUUUCUCAUACCCAUGUUCACAGUUCAGGGCUCCAAGUCAUGUUUACCGGGGCCACAGCAGCCACGUGACAAAUGUGAGCUUCCUUCAUGACGACAGCUACCUGGUGUCGACCGGUGGGAAGGACAUGAGCGUCCUGCAGUGGAGGAUAGUCUGAACAGCCGAACUGAACAGAACUGCACUAAAACGAACCAAACUAAAAAAAAAAAAAACUAAAAAAAAAAAAGACUCCAAAUAAGAAGUGGAUGUGAGUGAUGGGAAGUGGUUGAAAUGCAGAACUUUUCCUUUUAUCCGUUUUUUUUUUAGUCACACUACAUGAACAAAACAAACAGUCCAACAGAACCAAAGGCUCCGACUUUCUGACUGCACUUCCUCAGCGUGGAUGACCCGGUUCUGCUCUCAGGAGGUUUGUUCGCUGCCAGACAGAACCGAACGGAGCCGGAGAGCCAAAAAAUAAAACUGAAAUGUUGGGAUUGUUUUUGUAACUCUUUAAAAUUUUAUUUUGUAUUUAACAACUCAGGAAAGCACUAAUGAAGCAAGACUCUUUCCCACUUAACAUAUCAAGAAGAACGUCUGGCAACGGCUUGCAAAAGUAUCAAACUUUUCCACACGACAACCACAAACUGAUGUUUUUCACUUAAUUUUUAUGAGACAGACUAACAAAAAGUCGUGCAUAACUAUGAAAUGGUUGAAACGAUUAAUCAUAAUAAAUUAAUUAUUGAACUAA